CUAUAUCGUCACGCUUGUAUUCGCGCCACUGAAACAAGCGUCGUAUUUGUGCAGCAAUCUCAGGCUCUAUUUAUGACCUGACGUCCCGGGCCUACCAACUGGACGCAUGACCUGCGGAACUCCGGGCCUGAGUCGCAGCGUCCCGCGUCCAUCAGCUCUUGCUCAUAUAUAUUGAUAACAUAAGAGGAGCUCUGCAGUGAUACUCCCAGUUUUGACACAAUGGCUUCCGAUAUCCCUGUCUUCACGUUGAAUGAUGGGACCAAGAUACCGUCAAUUGGUAUGGGCUGCUGGAUGGGUGAGCCUGGAGGAGGAGAAAGAGUAUAUCAAAUGUGCAUCAACGCGUUGAAGUGUGGAUAUCGCCACUUCGAUACAGCUUUUGGCUAUGGAAAUGAGGAAUGGGUUGGGCGCGCAAUCCGUGAAUCCGGUGUCCCUCGCGAAGAAAUAUACUUGACUACCAAGCUGCCAAAUCACCACCAUCACAAAGUGCGAGAAUCUUUCGAAGAAUCCUUCGCGGCUCUUGACUGCGGUUACGUCGAUUUGUACUUGAUGCACUGGCCACAAGCCGUAGGCGAAGAUGGCAAGACUGUGCCCCCGGAUGAGCACCCAACUCCGGUUGACACCUACAAGGAAAUGGAAAAACUACUAGAGACUGGCAAGGUCAAAUCUAUCGGCGUCUCUAACUUCUCCAUUAAGACGCUCAGCGAGCUGCUCCCGCAUGUCAGCAUUGUCCCAGCGACAAAUCAAGUUGAGCUUCAUCCGUGCUUGCCUCAGAACGAGUUGAAGGCGUUCUGCGAGAGUAAAGGGAUACUCCUUACUGCGUACUCUCCAUUGGGUCGUCCUUUGGCUAAAGGCAGCCCACCCAUUUUCUUCCAAGACGAGACCAUCCUUAGCGUGGCCAAGAAGAACAACGCUACUCCCGCCCAAAUAGUCGUCAGCUGGGGUGUGCAGCGAGGGACGAUCGUCGUCCCGAAGAGCGAGAACGUGGAGCGGAUGAAAGCGAAUAUUACUCUCGUUAAGCUGUCCGAUGAAGAUAUGAACGCUAUCAACAAUCUUCACAAGAAGCCUGGAAUGCACAAGUCCCUCCUCGCGUAUCACAAUAUCGACCCGGGGAAUGUCUUCGGGUGGACGUACGCGGACAUGGGCUGGGAUAAUAUGAAGCCGGGAGGAAUCAUAUCGUGAGCGAGUCCCAAGCACGUACGCGAUGUACAAGUCUAUGCUUCACGUUCAGUGUAUAUUAUGCAGUAUCUUAUAGGGAGGUUGCAUUUUAAUGGCGUCGGGAAGAUAUUCGAGAUUGCGGCCAAGGGGGAACGAUGGGCCCCACGAUGUCUUUACGCGUUCUCAUGUUGGUAGUAGGAAUUCGCGCGUGGUGACUCUCCUCCCC